AUGCAAAGAGACCAGAGCAAACAGGCUUCACUCGGAGACACACCUCACUCGUCACCAAGCAACUCACACAGGGAGAAACCAUUUAAAUGUCUGGAGUGUGGAAAAGGUUUCAUUGGGAAGACACAGCUUACCUUUCAUCAAAAAACUCACACAGGAGAGAAACCAUUUAAAUGUCUGGAGUGUGGAAAAGGUUUCAUUGGGAAGACACAGCUCACCUUUCAUCAAAAAACUCACACAGGACAGAAACCAUUUAAAUGUCUGGAGUGUGGAAAAGGUUUCAUUUGGAAGACACACCUCACUCGUCACCAAGCAAUUCAUACAGGAGAGAAACCAUUUAAAUGUGUGGAGUGUGGGAAAGACUUCACUCGGAAGACACACCUCACUCGUCACCAAGCAAUUCAUACAGGAGAGAAACCAUUUAAAUGCCUGGAGUGUGGGAAAGGCUUCACUCGGAAGACACACCUCACUCGUCACCAAGCAACUCACACAGGAGAGAAACCAUUUAAAUGCCUGGAGUGUGGAAACAGUUAUAUUCAGAAGGCACAUCUCACUAAUCAUUACAAAAACUCACACAGGAGAAAAACCAUUUAAAUGCCUGGAGUGUGAAAAACAUUACAUUCAGAAGAUGCAGGUCACGUUUCAAAAAACUCACAAAGGAAAGAAACCAUUUCAAUCCCUGGUUUGUGGGAAAAGCUUUACUCAGAAGACAAACUUCUGUCAUCAAAAAACUCAAAUAGGAGAGAAACCUGAAAUGUGGAAAAGGUAUAUGUAGAAGGCAUUCCUCCCUCAUCAAUAAAAUAAACUGCACAAGAAAAAAACCAUUUAAAUGUUUUUGGGUGGGAAAGAGUUUCAUUGACUAAUGAGCCCUCUAUCAUCAUCCAGCAGCUCACAAAUCAAUCAAGGAACUCACAGGCAGAAGCAAUGAAAACUAUUUUAAAAUGUCAUGCUCUCCAGAAGGUUGAAAAUGUUUUUUUUUUAUUUCAUGUGUGUAUACUGUUAGUUUGAAUAAAGUUUGAUAAAACAUGAA